CCCCGGCAGCCCCGGCAGCACGGAGGCUGCUCGGACUCCGCAGACCCGGGCAGGACUGUGCGUGUCUGUGCGUGUCUGUGCGCGCUGCCUUCUGGCCCACAUCUACCAGAGCGCAAUAAUUGAAAUGGUGCUUUUGGCCGCAGGCGGAUAGAGGAGCAUCAUGCAUGACGAUGGGCGUCAUUUGGCUGCAGAGCCAGAGGGCUGUUGGCUGGGUUAUUAUCGGGGAAAGACGCGGGUGUGCAGGCAGUCACAGUCACACCAGAGGGACGAGAAGGCACUCCCCUCUCAGAAACAAACCAGCCCCCAUCGCUGCAGGAGAGACGUCUGACAGCCGGGGAUUCUGCUGCUCUGUCCGCUGAUGAACAGACGAGUUGAGGGGGGAGAGGAGAGCACCUCUCUGUAACCUAAUCCUUGGCCCCGGGGGCCUGAGACGCGCCGGGGGGCCUGAGACGCGCCGGGGGGCAGGGCGCGCAGCCCGGGGGUCUGAAGCGCCCCGGGCCCCGGGGCCCACGCCUGGGUCAGCCCUCUCCUUUCUUCUCCCGGAGAGAGGCAGCCCGGCUCUUCUCCCGGCUCUUCUCCCGGCUCUGCUGGAGACGCACACCGGCCGUGGGCUGAAGCAGAGCGGGAUCCGGGAGCAGACAAGCCGCAGCUCCAUCUCCUCCGCGUCCGCGUCGUCUCAGAACCUCCGAUUGCUGCUGUUUUUGAGCGUGGUGCCGUCGUCAGCUAAACCUGGGCUCAAAUCAAGUCAAACCCAAACCCACAACUCUUGUGUGUUCACAUCGCUGGGUAACCGUGGCAGGAGGCCGGAGCAUGUCCAGGAUGUCUGUGAGCCACUCGCCUGCAUCUCCCACCACCGCCCAGGGGAUCCCGUCCCCCGCCCAGCUCACCAAGGCCAACGCCCCGGUGCACAUCGACGUGGGGGGGCACAUGUACACCAGCAGCCUGGGCACGCUCACCAAGUUCCCCGAGUCCAGGAUCAGCCGGCUGUUCAACGGCACUGAGCCCAUCGUGUUGGACAGUUUGAAGCAGCAUUACUUCAUCGACAGAGAUGGAGACAUCUUCAGAUACAUCCUCAGCUUCCUGCGCACCUGCAAGCUGCUGCUGCCUGAAGACUUCCAGGACUUCCCCCAGCUGUACGAGGAGGCCCGCUUCUACCAGCUGAGCCCCAUGGUGCGGGAGCUGGAGCGCUGGCAGGCGGAGCGGGACGCCCAGCGCUCAGCGCCCUGCGAGUGCCUGGUGGUGCGCGUCACGCCCGACCUGGGCGAGAGGAUCGCCCUCAGCGGAGAAAAGGUCCUGAUCGAAGAGGUCUUCCCGGAAACCGGAGAUGUCAUGUGCAACUCCAUGAACGCCGGCUGGAACCAGGACCCCACCCACGUCAUCCGCUUCCCGCUCAACGGAUACUGCAGACUCAACUCUGUGCAGGUGCUGGAGCGUCUCUUCCAGAAGGGUUUCAGCGUCAGGGCGUCCUGCGGGGGCGGGGUGGACUCGUCACAGUUCAGCGAGUACGUCCUGGGGCGAGACCUGCGGCCCGCCCCGCCCAUCACCAGAACUCCAGUACGGAUCAAACAAGAGCCUUUGGACUGAAAGCAUCAACGCCUGGCAGGAAAGCGCCUGCUCAGAGCACGGGAACCCGUCUGAAACUCAAGCAAACUAAACCAACCUGUAUACACGAGACUGUAGCUGCAAUAUCUCCUGAGCCAACACACCAGUUUUAUAUGUUCAUGCGUAAUUUAACUCUUUUUAAAAGCUAUAUUUAAUGUCAUUGUGUCUCUGAGCUUUGAUUCUUCACAUGUGUUGAUGAAAGAGCUGAAAGUGUUUCUACUUUUAACAACACCACAAAACCCACAUAAAGCUUAAUCCUCA